AUAUCAAUGUAAAACAAACAGCCGAUAGUUAUUAGUUUGCAAAAAUUAUUCAAUAUGGAACGUUGGCAAAAUAAAGUAGCUGUGGUGACCGGUGCUAGUUCGGGUAUUGGUGCUGCUGCAGCCAAGGAUUUAGUUGCUGCCGGUGUUAAAGUCGUUGCAUUGGCCAGACGUAAGAAUCGCGUUGAAGAAAUCAUUGCCAGUUUGCCAACGGAACAGCAGUCGUUGUUAACCGCCAUAGAAUGUGAUGUCUCCAAAUUGGAAUCUGUCAAUAAGGCAUUCGAUGAAAUUGUUGCCAAAUUUGGUGGCAUAGAUAUUUUAAUUAAUAAUGCUGGUUGUACCUUGGAUGGACAAUUGGUUGCAAUGGACCCAGUGCAAUUGCAAAAUAUUUUGCAAACCAAUGUUAUGGGCAUUAUCUAUUGUACUCAGCGUGCCUUCAAAUCGAUGAAGGAACGUAAUGUCGAUGGUCAUGUUGUACUAAUCAAUAGUAUUUUGGGUCAUAAAGUGCCUGGUUCUUUUGGUCAAGUGCCUACAUCUAAUAUCUAUGCACCAUCGAAACAUGCUGUUACCGCUUUAACUGAAAUGUAUCGCCAAGAAUUCAGCGGUUUGGGUACCAAAGUGAAAAUCACA